UCUCUCUCUAUAUUUGGUGUUUAGUGUUGCUUCUCUCCUUCUUCACCACUCUCCGGAAUCGAAACUCGUAAAUUAAUCAGAAUUAACCAAAAGCUUUUCAAGUCCGACAUUUUCACAGAGACAAACUGAGUCAGACGAGCUCAAACACUCGACUCGACUUUACCGCAACCAACACCAGUACAGCAUUUUCACUGAGCUAACCCGAUCUAAUCGCCCCGUCAGAUCCGCUUCUAUUUCCCGGUGAAUCUCCGGUAUCUUUAUCACCGGAAUGUCAGUUACCGACGACCUCAGCAGGUUCCAGCUUUCUUCUUCUCUUUCUAGCUGUCUUGGUUCAAAAUGUGUCAGAAAAUUUCCGUUUGUUUUGGCUUUCUUAACGAAUGGUUCCGAUUGUUAACAGUACUUUUUCGUUUGGCCUGAGAACUUUUAGCUCGACCUCGAUCUCAACACUAUACGGAGCUUUUUCUUUCUCGAAUCUAAUUCUCUCUCUAGAUUUGCUUUUUUUUUUCUACUUAUUAUUUGUGCUGUAAUAAAAGCAGCAGCUUUUCUGAAUCAUUAUUUUUAAGCUUAAAAAUCUUCGCUUUUUGUUCUAUCUUAGUACAAUCAUUUUAUGCCUUUUUUUUGUUGGUUCAUUUUUUGUGGUCGGUCCAUUUUCCAAUUUCGGGUUUUUGCUUUAAUUUUCGAAAAUUUUGGCUCUAUGAGCGCUAAAUCAAAUUAAAUGUGGCUUCUUUGAGACGUAAAUUGGGGAUUUUUUUUUGGCUCUUUUGCUUGGAGUGUUUAAUGAAGUAUAAAUUGAUGUGAUAUUUCAAGUGGGUUUGCUGAAAUUUUACACAGCAUAACAACUGAUUUGUCUCUAUUUUUCCUCUCAAAUCAAGGAUUAAAUUUCUUCCCACUCUUACCAAAGAACUCUCUCUCUCUGCACAAACCACAUCUGGCUGUACCUCAUUUCUCCUCAAAACCGUUUAUUUGGAUAUGGCCUUACAUUUUCUUAUUUGGGUAUAACUGACUAAUAACCCCUCUAGCUGAGGUUGAAGUCUGUUGUAGCUGUCUAGCAAGUGAGGUUUUAAUUAUAGUUUGGUGUUAAAAUGAAUGUGACUCAGAGGAGGAAAGCUAAUGGUAAUGGAGAGAAACCUUUCCCAGGAUGCUUGGGAAGAAUGGUAAACCUCUUUGAUUUGAGCAAUGGGGUUGCUUCAAAUAGGAUGCUUACAGAUAGACCCCACCAUGAUGGCUCUUCACUUGCGAGGAGUCAAUCGGAUGUAUCAAGAAUGAGUUUGCCUUUUGGAGAUAAGAUAGAGGAUAAACUGAUCGUAUCUGAGUUCAGGAGAACUUCAUCCAACAAGAAGGCCAAUGGGACACCUAUAAAGAUGCUCAUAGACCAAGAAAUGUCAAAAGAGAUUGAGUCUAGAAGUGAACCUCCUAAUGUAGUUGCCAAGUUAAUGGGCCUUGAUGCAUUCCCGAGACAACAACCCCAUCCAUCUCUCCAAAGAAGCAAUACAAACAAUUAUUCAAAACCUCCUUUCGGUCAUUCAGGGAAGCCUUUGGGUUCUUGGGAACAAGAAGAUGGGUUCUCAGAGAAUAGAAUGCAAUUUGACGUCCAUCAUUGUUCGGAACGAAAUGAAUGUAAGGAUGUUUAUGAGGUUUGGCAACAGCCUGAGAACAAGAACUGUAUAAAAGACAAAUCACCUCAAAAGGAAAGGCAUAAUAAUGCAAAUACAAAUGAUAGGAAUAUGGCCCUUGUUCGUCAAAAGUUCUUGGAAGCAAAACGGUUGGUCACAGAUGAGAAGCUCCAACAGUCUAAGGAAUUUCAAGAUGCAUUGGAAGUCUUAAGUUCCAAUAGAGAUUUACUCACCAAGUUUUUUCAGGAAUCAACUUACACAUUUUCUCAACAUCUAUAUGAAUUACAGUCUACGCCUCCGCCUCCGCCUCCUGAGACUAAGAGGAUAACUGUUCUUAGGCCUUCAAAGAUAGUUGAUAAUGAAAGAUUUUCUGGAUCAAGGCAGAAGAGUGAUAAACCAACAGAUAAUUUUGUGCAGUUGGGUCAAACGGCUGUAUUGAAUAAAAACAACCCUGGAAAUUCUCCUAUGUUUCCUGAUCAGAAAGUUGAUGAAUAUACCAUGCAACCAACUCGAAUAGUGGUAUUGAAACCUAGCUCUGGCAAGGCUAAUGACAUUAGGGCUGUGACUCCACCUAUCACCUCAUCAAAAAUGUUUCAAGAUGAAAACAUCUUCGAGGAUCCUGAAGAUGAUGAGGCGCGAGAAUCAAGGGAAGUGGCGAAAGAGAUCACGAGGCAGGUGCGUGAUAAUCUCAUGGGUCAUCGGAGGGUUGAAACUCUGCUUUCUUCUGUGUUUUCCAACAAUUAUACUGGUGAUGAGAGUUCAUUCAACAAAUCAGAAAAUGAGUAUGUUGCAGAAAAUCUCAGUGAUCAAGAAGUCAUGUCACCAUCUUCUAGACAUUCAUGGGAUUACAUCAAUAGGAUAGGCAGCCCCUUUUCUUCCUCUUUCAGCCGUGCAUCUUGUUCACCAGAGUCUUCUGUUUGCAGAGAAGCUAAAAAGAGACUUUCUGAGAGAUGGGCCAUGAUGGCAUCAAAUGGGAAUGGGAACUCUCAGGAGUUCAGACAUGUCCGGAGAAGCUCGAGUACAUUAGGAGAAAUGCUUGCACUUUCAGAUAUGAAGAAGUCAGUUAGACCUGAGGAUGAAACUAACAAGGAACAAGAACCAAGGAAAUUAGUUUCAUGCUUGACUAGUGACUUGAUCAAAGAGGAUGCUACUUGUGAUUCUCCCAUAAAUCUUCUAAGAUCAAAAUCUUUACCUGGGUCGUCUACAGUGUUUGGUGCUAGACUAAAUAUGUCAAUUUCAGAUGCUGUGGCUGACACGGUAAAUGGUCCCAAGGAACUGACCAAGGCAAAGAGCACUAAGUCCUCAUUGAAAGGGAAAGUUUCAAGUUUGUUUUUCUCUAGGAGCAAAAAAUCAAGCAAAGAAAAAUGUGGUCCAUCUGGAUCCAACGGCGAAUCUCAAUAUGCUUCUGCUGAAACCCCGAGGUUUCCAUUGCCUCAGUCGAGUAAUGAGAAUGGUCUCGAAGAGCGUUUGCCUACUACUUCUUGUUUGUCAGGCAUAAUUUCACGAGAGGCAGGGUUGUCUCUGAUGAAACCAACGGUGUCUCGGGGUGUCGGUGAGAAUCAAGACCAGCCCAGUCCAAUCUCAGUUUUAGAACCCCAUUUCGAAGAGUAUGACAAUUUGACUCGUGAGACUUCUGGCUACUUGAAGCUGGAUGUUCAAGGAGGAUUACUAAGGUCAAACUUGAUUGACAAGUCACCGCCUAUAGAAUCAGUUGCACGGACUCUAUCGUGGGAUGACUCAUGUUUAGAGACAGCCACUUCAUACACGUUGAAACCCUCUUCGGUUCCCUUAGUUUGUGAAGAAGACGAACAAGAAUGGCUUUCUUUUGUCCAAACUCUUCUCUCAGCUGCUGGAUUCAGCAGAGAGACAGAAUCCAAUUCCCGAGAUUCAGUGCUCCAUAGAUGGCAAACACCCGAAGCUCCACUGGAUCCUUCAUUGAGGGACAAGUAUACCAAUGUAGAUGACAAAGAGCCUAUGCAUGAGGCCAAACGCAGAUAUUUAAGGUCAACCCGAAAGCUUGUAUUUGACUAUGUCAACACAGCAUUAGCAGACAUGACUGGUUAUGGACCAGACAUGAGCUUAAGCAUCACAUGCAACGGGGCCCAUGAUAGGUUAAUGGAGGGUGAUUCACCCCAAUUGUUGGACUCCUUGUGGGGCCAAAUGAAGGACUGGUUUUCGGGUGAGUUGAGGUGUUAUUCGGAGGAUGGUGGGGACGCCACCACCAGCCUGGUAGUGGACGGUGUGUUGAGGAAGGAGAUUGUGGGGAAGGAGUGGAAUGAACUUACGAGAUUGGAAAUGGAUAAUAUAGGAAAGGACAUAGAAGGGAGUUUGCUGGAAUUGCUUGUGGAGGAGGCUGUUGUUGACUUGACAGAGAGGUUUUGAGAGAUUUUGUCUCCAAUAUCCUUUUUUUUUUUUUGUUUAAUUUUUUGUAUUAAUUUAAUUGUAAGUUGUUGUAACUCAAUUAUCUGUGUAUUUGAUUUAAAACCAAGAAAUGAUAGUCCUACUACUACCCACCA